UCAAAAUUGCUUACGUUCGGGACAAGCACGGCUCUUCGGCAAGGUCGUCCUCGUCAUCGGAAGAAGACCCCAAUGAACGACGAGUCACGGUACCGAGCACGAGCAGCACGAGCCAACUGCAACAUCAACAUCAGCAAUCCCAACAGCAAAGCCUUUCAUCUACCGCCGCUAACUCAUCGCAGCAUCACCACCUACACCAUCAACAUCAGUCGAGUUCCGGUUCCGGUGGCAGUAAGCGAAGAGCGCCUUCAACCUCGUCAUCAUCCUCUUCGUCUUCACCGUCAGCCUCGUCCUCGCCUAGUGUUGUUGUUCUAGAGCAGCAGAAACCUUCUGGUAGCGGCGGCAACAGACCGAUCGAAUCGGUUGAAGUGGAUCAAAAAGCAGGCAAACUGAGUCGGCGUCAGCGUCAACAGCAACAGCUACAAAAAGAAGAUCAGGACAGCGACCAACAACAACAGAGACAGCAUCGUAGGAAGACCUCCCGUCGCAGGAGGCAAUCGACAGAGGGCGGUCGACAGAGAAGCAGGGAAGAACUUCAGCAAACCGCCGCAGAGGACAAGGGGGAAGGGCUCGAAGGCGAAGCGGGCUCCUUAACCAGUCCCCAGAGCAAGCGACGCAAAAUGUUAAACGACAACAACAAUCUGAACGGGGGCCCACUAGCUGCAGCAUCCCCGAUGGAUUCUUCUUCGUAUGACAUGAAUGGACACAAUACCGCCAACAAUAAUGGUCAACAGCAGCCGUCGGAUGGGCAGACAAAUAAUGGCACCACAGACACCAAUGGUGAAUCGUCUGCUCAGCGUGCGUUGAUCAAGCUGGAUAAGACAAACCAGGAAAUCGUUCGACUGAUUGGUCAACAUUUGAAGAACAUCGGGCUGGAGAGAAGUGCUGAGGCGUUGAUGCAAGAAUCGGGAUGUUGUCUGGAGCAUCCGUCGGCGACCAAAUUCCGUAAGCACGUACUUUCAGGAGACUGGACCAAAGCGGAUCACGACCUCCAAGAGCUUCAGACUAUGGUCGAUCCCAAGACUGAUCGGACUAGUAUGAGCGAGAUGAAGUUCUUGCUUUUGGAGCAAAAGUAUUUAGAAUUCCUUGAAGAGGGACGGCCCAUCGAUGCUCUGCAUGUACUUCGGAACGAGUUGACCCCUCUGCAGCACAACACACCUCGUGUUCAUCAGUUGUCGUCCUACAUGAUGUGCACCAACAAUCAAGAACUUUAUCAGAGGGCCCAUUGGGAUGGCAGGGGCGUUAAGUCACGCACUCGUUUGAUGGAUCGGCUGCAGUCGUACCUGCCGGCUACCGUCAUGCUGCCCCCGAGACGUCUCCGCACCCUGCUCGCUCAGUCGGUGGAAAUGCAAACCGAGCGCUGCCAAUGUCACGAUAUGGCCUGGAGUACCAACAUCGACAAUGUGUCCUUGCUGGUCGACCACAACUGCUCAUCGGAAGGGUUCCCAAUGCAGGCCCUACAUGUUCUAAACGACCACUCCGACGAGGUGUGGUUCUGUAAAUUUUCUCCAAAUGGCCUUCGGUUGGCCACGGGAUCAAAAGAUAACACCGUCAUCGUUUGGGAAGUUGAUCCGGUUAAAUUGAUCCUUAAAAACAAGCGAACCUUCGAUGGACACACGUAUGGCGUGUCCUAUAUCGCUUGGAGUCCCGAUUCCAAAUAUUUCAUCGUAUGCGGUCCGGAAGAUUGUCCGGAUCUUUGGAUAUGGGACGUGGAACAUGAAAAACUCCUGACAAAAGUUUCUCACUCGACCGAUGACAGUUUGACAUGUGCUGCCUUCAACAAGGACGGAACUCGUUUCGUCACCGGUGGCACUCGAGGUCAGUUUUACCUGGUGGACUUGGAAGGCACCGUGCACGACAACUGGGAGGGUGUUCGUGUGAAUGGGCUAGCGUUCCGUGCAGAUAACAAAACUAUUUUAGCUGCUGAUACACACUACCGGAUAAGAGGUUACAGCUUCGACAAUCCACGCACCGAUUAUAACGUCGUCCAGGAACAGUGUCCGAUCAUGACGUUCUCGGUCAAUUCGGCCGAUCGCUUAGCAUUGCUGAACAUAUCGUCACAGGGUCUGCAUCUGUGGGAUCUGCAGGACAAGUGUCUGGUGCGACGCUUCCAGGGCGUGACGCAGGGCAACUACACGAUCUAUUCCUGCUUCGGGGGUGUGAACGAAAGUUUCGUCGCCAGCGGUAGCGAAGACAACAAGGUGUACAUCUGGCACAUCCGCCGGGAGGAACCGCUGGCCACCCUGGUCGGACACACCCGGACCGUGAACUGUGUCAGCUGGAAUCCGGUCUAUCCGUCCCUGCUGGCGUCGGCCUCCGAUGAUGGCACGGUGCGGAUUUGGGGACCGAAGCAGCCACAGCUGGCCUGGGCCGCCAGCAGCAAUAACGGUGACAAUGCGUCGAUCGCAUCCACCAGCUCCACCGCGUCGUCGGCGUCCUCGUCUUCAACGUCGUCCGGCACGAACAAUGAUCUUAUAUCGAACUCGUCCUGGAAUAUCACAUAAUAUUAGAUAUACACAGCACAGCCUAGCAUCGCCACAACCCCUCCCUGCUAAUUGAAACAAAAAAAAAACAGUGCGUUACGAUGCAUUAUGUUCGAUUCAAACCAAUAUAUUCAUCCGAAAAAAGGAAGGAAAAAAGGAGAAGCAGAGAAACAACAAUACAACAACAAAAAACCACACACUAAAAUUAGAAGAAGUAGUUUAACGAUUAAUUAUAAAAAAAAAAUCAACAAAACAAAAAACAACUAAUGGCAGAAGAAUGAACACAAGUGAUUAUUGUAAUCCAAAAACAAUAAGCGAACUGUGUCGUCUGUUUAUGAUCAUGAUCGUCAUUACCAAAAUAUGUAGAUUGUUGUAGGAGCGCGUGCAGAAAAAAAUCGAUCGCGGGAUAAAAGUUUAGAACAGUACAGAAACCAAAAGAAAGACGACAAACCAACAACAACUUUUGCUAACAACUUCAGCGCAACCCAUAAUCUUCAUAAUUCAGUUGAGCCGUUCCGAAACGGAAAAAUGUAGACACAGAAAGUAGUGUACCCGGGCUUUCAGUUUUGUUGUGAUCCAAACCACCCAAUUCGGGAGCAGUUUUAAAGUUUCAAACAAACACAAAAUAAUGCUAUUCGAUUUUUAUUUUCCGCGAGCGCAAACAAGUAUUGGAAGCGCGCGUGUGCUUUGUGUGUACAUGCCAGCCUUCCUACCGUACGACGAGAGCUAUGUUUUCUGCUCACUUAAGCUAACUCAUUGCGAAAAAAAGGGAAUCAUUUUUAUUGAUUAAAGGAAAUUCGAGCAAAAAAUUGGCUUUCUUCCGAGAUUAUAAGACAGAUAUUGGCUGAAAAGAAAAAUUAAGAAUCUGUGACUGAAAACAAACAAAAAACAAAAAGCGCCGACAGUAUGGAGGAAUACGAAACCGUUAAAAUUAUGUAAAAGUAAGGAUUAAAUAGCAGCUGGUGGUUAUCAUUCAAGCCCUCUUAGUUUUGAGUGGAAAUGUGACACGUCAGCAUGAGCACACAGAAAGAAGGGGUAGUAAAAUAUUACCCGGUAGAAAAUUGUAUUUUUGAUUUUACUGAAUUUACCUAUUCAUUUUUAUUCUUAUUCUCGUUUGGUCUCCGAAAUUAUUCUAAAAUUAGAACAGGAAACAAAUUCCUAAAAUAUAUUACUGAAAAAACGCGAGUGAAACAAAUUAGUUGUUAAGAAGAAGCAUUCUGGCAAGCACAUUCGAGAUCGAAUUCAUUGAGCGAAAAGAGUUAAAGAAAAUAACAAUAGCGAUUGUUGUUGGUUUCUUCGUGUGUUUGAUUUUAUGAAAGUAAACGGCGAAGUUUUAUUUGA